AUGAAGUAUAUGAAACAUUACUGUUUCUUUCACUUCGGAACUAGAAUCGGCGACGUAUGUGAAGAAUAUGCCAGAUACGAUACAAUUUUAUAUAGUUCAAUUGAAUUAGCUCGCGACGUCAUUAUGCUCUGUACUAGUCUGAACAAUCAUCUUUUAUUCAAAUGUGCAAGGAAGCAAUUGCAUGUUGUAACAUUUCCGAUAUUAUUUUCGCCUCGUGCACCGAAUGGAAUUAUCGAAGCAAACAUCUAUGACCACAUCCGACGAGAGAACGCGGCCUGGUGUGCGAUAAUGGAUAGAAACAAGUUAGCCCCACGUAAGGCCCCAAAUUCUUGUACAUGCAUGCCAAGAUGCGCUUAUAAAACAAUAAUUCUGCGAAACUUAAUAGUAACUCCAGUGAAAAUAUCAAGUAGCGAAGUAGUAUAG